AUGGCAUCUGCUUUACAGAAGGCUCAAACGCAUGAAGACCGAGUGCAUGGAUCUCGCAAAGUGCAAGUCACUAUUUUGGGAUCUCAAUGGGGACCAAGUAAUGAGGGGCUUUCCACCAUAAACAGAGAAUUAGCCAUUCAGUUAGCCAAGUUCCCUGAGGUGGAAAUCACUUUCUUUUUACCAAAAUGCAGUGAAGAGGACAGAAAGAUAGCCCUGGAACACAAAGUAAAGAUCGUGGAGGCGACGCCUCUGCCUGGCUUUGAACAAUUGGAUUGGCUUUGCUUUCCGCCGAAAGAUUUGCAAAUCGACAUUAUCGUAGGUCAUGGAGUUAAACUCGGUAAACAAGCACAAAUCAUUAAAGACCUUAAAACGUGCAAAUGGUUCCAAGUGGUACACACAGACCCUGAGGAGCUUGGGAUGUUUAAAAACGUUUCUAAUCCAAUUUCAAAGGGGGAAGAAAAUCACAAGACCGAAGUAGAACUGUGUAAAAUGGCUGACCAUGUUGUAGGAGUUGGACCCAAGUUGAGCGAGGCCUUUCGCUCGUACCUUUGUGGCUGUAAUAAAGAUGGCAAUGUCUUUGACUUCACUCCUGGAGUAUUUGAAGAGUUUAAGGCUGUGAGGCAGGCUCCUAACCAAAGGCAACAACGCAGUGUCUUGGUAUUUGGUAGUGGAGACGUAGACGAUUUCGAAUUAAAAGGGUUUGACAUCGCUGGGAAAGCGAUUGCCGCAUUGCAAGAUACUCGUCUUAUGUUUGUUGGGGCACCGGAUGGAAAACACGAAGAAAUAGCAAAGCGGUUAAUCGAGUGUGGCGUUCCUGCAAGUCGACUGAGAGUUAGAGGAUUUGCUCAAGACCGAGAGAGUUUGAAGUGCUUAUUCCAAGAAGUGGAUCUUGCAGUCAUGCCUUCGGGAACAGAGGGCUUUGGACUAACAGGACUCGAGGCAAUGUCAGCUGGUCUCCCUGUGCUUGUCAGCAGCAACUCUGGUUUUGGAGAAGCACUAUGCAGUGUAACUUUUGGUUCAGCAUCUGUGAUUGAGUCAGAGGACCCCACAGUGUGGACCGCAGCCAUCAAGAAGAUCUGGUCCAAGGACAGAAAAUGUCGACUUAAGGAGGCGGUGACCUUGCGUGAUAACUAUGGCAUGGAAUACGACUGGACCAAACAGAUAAAAGAGUUAGUUGACAGGAUGAUCAGCCUGACUCAUGGUAGGAAUGUCAAUUAUAUUUUCCUCAGUGGCACAUUAUUAGGAAACAAUAGAAAGAAAAGUGAAAAGAAACAAAAAUAGGAUCUAGCUCUUACAAGUUUUGCCCCGAAGUCUUGAUAAAAAUGUUCGCGAAUUCCUAUCUGAACCUUAUGCUGAUAACAGCAAAACUGUAACGUUUAUAAUCAUAACUAUAACAAAAUUCUCAAAUCUGAUUGGUUCUCAACUGCCCUGAUUUCAGCCUUAAUAGGACAGUUUAAUAGGACAGUACGCGUCAUGCCUAAGUAAUUGGACAGUACGCGCCAUCACGCGCGCGCUUAAAUGGCUUUUUUUUUCAUUGCUAGCGAAAAAAUCUUGGAAUUUCUUGUGUUUUGAUUUAAAAAGAGCCCUAUAUAUCACAAAUUUUGUUAAAGUUAUGAUUAAUUGGUAACAGAACUUCGUGUCGUCCAAUUCGGUCUGUAAUCAUACUCGUGAUUAAACAAAUCGGACUCCCGCUACGCGGUCGUCCGAUUUUGUUAAUCACUCGUAUGAUUACAGACCGAAUUGUACUCCACUCAGUCCUGUUACCAUUACUAAUUUUUUCUGGUACAUUGUUUUCAGCGGAAUGGUCUGUAGAGAGCAGUCGUCAUACCGUUCGGUCAUAGGCUUUAUUUGCAGUACUUCACAUAUAUGAUUAUAGUUGUACAAACAUAAUCCCCGCAAUAGCAAGUUUUCUCCAUUUUGUUGUAAUAGAAGAUUCUCCAAAGGCCCGGAGCUCCUUAGGCAUGACUGACGACCAUGAAGGUAUCUUCGUAGAAAGCUUGUGUGGAAAUAAUUUCUGCCUAUUUUUAACCAAGUGGGAGAAGCACAGGAGGCGUACGAGAGCGAACAAAAAAUAGGGACGGGAAGAGGAAUAGAACGCCGGCCGCUAAGCUUCUAUCCCAGGAAUACACAUCCUAAUAUUACACCCAACAAAUGUCCGCCCCGGGGAGGAAUGGGUACACCUGGAAUUGACUGAACCUUAAGUUUCAAAGAGAUAAUCAUUGUAACCAAAGCUUGUUUUUUCAGAGCCUUCUAUGGAAAUUGUCAACAACACAAUAACAAACUCUUAUGACGACGAGCAGCUUGUUUCAGAAACUUCCCUUAGUAGUGACUGUGAAAUGAAAGCUGAUGCUGCAUCAGAAAAUCCAAUUAAAAUAUCCAUGAAUACAGACUCUCAGUCUCAAAAUAGCCGUAAGGGUAACAUGUCAGAAUUGUCUUGUAAUCCAGGUAUGCAAAAACAUGAGUUGUUUCUCUUGCUAUCGCUGACUAGUACACUACUAUAUCUAAAGGGGAGAAGUGAUUGUUAGAGUAUUCAAAGGUACUUUUUCCUACAGGACUUGAUACCAUUUUUGCUCGUACUGUAGACGUGUAUUAUUAAUAAUAGUAAAACUUAUAUAGCCCCGAUAUCAAUGGACGCUUGAUGGGCGCCAUUUUCAUCAGCGGUUAAAAAAAAACGUUUUUAAAUAAGUAUUUAAAUAUAUAAAAGAUAUAAAUAUGUCGAGCACUAAAAUUAGAAAAAUUACGACUGUUUUCUGUAAAAUAUCUGUUAGGAGAAGUAAAUAUUGCUUAGAAUUUUCUGUUGCUUGAAUACGACUAAUAAUUUCUAGAUGAACGUUCCAUUCAGGUACUAUUUUCAAAGCUUAUCUACAGAAUUCCUUUCGAUUUUCUGAAGUUUAAUUUUUUCAUAUUUUACUCCUUAUGUUCGGCUAAUUUUCGUAGAAAAAGAACAUCUAGAAUUUUCGGAUUCAAAAAAGUGUUGGAGAGAGGAAUAAGAAAAAUUAAACUUUUCGGGAAAAUAACACUGUCGCCCUUGAAAUUCCCGUGGGAUGACCGAACAGAUACAAAUUUUAUAUCGCCACUUAGAAUACAUUUCUAGAAAUCUAAAAGUACUCUGGAUAUCCUAAAAAGGCUUUUCAAUGCAUUUAGGGGAGAACCGUCGUUGGUUGCCCUUGAAAAAUCGCAACUGAGGGGCUUCUCUAUAUCGCAAAAGGAAACAAAUUCCAAAGUUUAGGAGCAGCAACAGCAAACGAGUGAUCGCCUAACGUGGUUCAAGUCGUGAAUUCUCCGCUAUGCCGGCCUUUAGAAAUAUCUUAGUGACAAAUAUUUUCAAAAAUAUAUGCCAACAAAAUUCCCAGUUUUGCAAAUUGUAUCUCAUCGAAUUGCUAUAAACAGUAACAUUUCUUAGACAUUCAAGUACGUGUCUAAUAUUGUGAAUCUGUGCGGGAUAUCGCCUUGAAGUUCCCUUGUGGGGGCUUGGAUGAAUUUGUUAAUGCUCUUUGGCUAUGGUGAAUUUGCUUGAGUAGACAUUCUGUAAUAAUGAAUACCUUGACAAGAGCCGUCUCUUAAAUGCAGGUACUUCAAGUGAGGAUAGCGGAAUCUUUUUUAAGAAGCAUAUGCCCUCCAAGAUAGCUAGUCAUGAAGGUGCAUCUUCCCUGGGGAAGGAACCUCUUAACAGCUGGAGUAUGCAAAACAUUGCAGGAUCAACUUCUAGUAUAGGUAAAUGGAACAAGCUAAUUAUUUUGAUAGGUUGGUGCAGUAGUAAUGAGGGUUCAGGAAUAGUGUUUUUCUUAAAAGAUGGCCCACCUGGAUAUUAAGGGGCAAAAACUUCAAAGUUUUAGCAUUUAACAAUGAUAUUUAAAAAAAAGCAGUCAUCCCGUUAUACCUCGUUAUUUCGGUCACUUUCCUUGUCCCUGGGUAAAGCCCUUACAUUUUCUUCAAAUUCUCGUAAUACAACUGUAUAACCGAGUAGGAACUGUUUUGGAAUGUAAUCUUAAAAUGGAUCUACUUUAUAGUACUUUAAAAAGUUAUGAUGUUAGUUUUUAUCAUCGAAUUUACUCUGAAUUCCUAUCAUUGAUUCUUGAGCUUAAAUUUCUUGUGCUCACCUUUUAAAAUUGUAUUGGAAGUUGUCAAAGGGGAUUUAAAUGCAUGAAAAGAUCUGUGAUGUGUAGAAUAAGGGUCUCCACCACAUUUAAGGGUCACAGUUGUCUACAUGGGACGUGGUUUCACACGGGUGAUUAUGGGUAGUGGAAAUGUGAACGAGUUACUAAAACCUAUGUAUACUUUAUUUUCUAAGAAGCUUAUAAUAAAGGCUUGAUCUAUAUACUGCUCGGUACUGAGACAUUGUUAGGAUCCGGGAAUGAUGGGUGUUGUAAAUUGAUUAUUGCUUUUCCGAAAAUUUGUUAAUACGACGGACAAAUUUCCCCAGUCCCUUGGCACUUCGUUAAAUUGUGGUUCUACUGUAAUCACCGCCUGUUUUCGCUCAAUUUUUGUUUCACAGAAGCGGAUUCUUUAAAGGUCGUGAGCUCCUUGGAAACAAAGCGCCAGGCUUUUCAGAGGACUGAAAGAAUGACAGCGGACCAUAAAGGUGUUGUGGAAGACUUAUAAUCAAUGAAAUCGAGGGUGAUGUUGCCUAAUAUAUACAUUUAGCCAGGGCUAAAAACGAAGCUCCCAUUAAUAAAUUUAUAAUUUAAAUCAAACAAUAAACUUGUGAUCCACAAAUCAGUUAACUUGAGGGCACAUUCAUGUGACUUUUGAGGGAAAGGCUAAGUUAUUUUAGAGUGAAACAUCUUACAUCGAGUUGAUAGCCUUAUAUGUACACCCAAAACAGAGCAAACAUCUUCGAUCACAUUCAAGAGCCAUAAUGGCUCUUGAUCACAGCUGUAGAUAAGGCCUCGAAAACAAAUUCUGGGAAAACAAAUCAGGCUGAAUUUUUUUGCGUUCGACAGGUUUACUUUACAAAUUCUUGCCAACAAAUCUGGGGGUGUGUAAACAAACCUUUUAUACUUUUUAUACACGAUCUGAGGUGAAACAGUACGUACAAUUUAUCAUACAGACCUCGGACAGAACACGGUAUUUCACAAUUUUUCAACACAAAUUGCACUCAGUCAAUGUUCGGGACGAUCAAUCGUGGGCUUUUAACGAAACCGUUAAAAAAAAUUUCCAAAAUCACUCAUUAGGCCGGCCGGUUCUCGUUUCUAGUGCGAGCUGUCAGUGUAAUCGAGUGUUUGAAUGAACUUUAAAAGAGUUACGUUUCAACAUAAUAACGAAUUUAUUAUUAUAGUUUUUUGUUAUUUAAUGGUUUCAGUUAUAACGAUGUGUAAUCUUAUAAAGCGUUUGAUACGCGCGACAUUUUUUUAAAGUACUCCUGCAAGCGAUGUUCAUGAACGAUGAAAACAAACGCCACGGACGAGCGAUUAAAAUUGCAAGAGAGUACUAACAAUCAACAAAAGAAAGAUAAUUCGGUGAAACAUUUACAGAGACAACGAUUUUCAUUCACGAAGACAAGUAUUAAAGUGUCUCUAAAAAUUGUGAGUCUUUAAACUUAAAAGUUAAUUAUGUUUUACUGUAAUUUCAGCCGGCCUCCCGGUGUUUGUUUUUUUCAACGAUGCCACUUCUCGAAGCAAGAAAAUCGCUCAAAGUUUUCUUUCUACAGCCAAAUUUAUAGCUAAAUAUUCUUCGGAACGUUUUCUUUCUAUUUGCGGUGAGAAAAUAUAUCUGAAGGCUUUUCACAGUUCUGUAAGCUUAUAUCAAAACUGAUACUAGGUCAGAUCAUUGACUCAAAUCUUACAAACGUGCAUAAACUUGCAGCAUAAACUGUGCUCGACUUCAUGAAAUUAGAUAUAACAAAAACAAACAUCAAAUACAAUAAUUACUCAGGCUUACCAUUCGAGAUUCGGUUCCUGAAAGAUAUCAUGGAAGGCCACAGUUGCUUGAGACUUUUAAGCCCUCUUACGCAUUAAGCAAGGUGGAAAACGAAAACGAUGCAAUCCGAAAUCGAAUUACCGAAUUUUGACAAGCAACGCAUUUCUCAACCAAAAACCCAAUAAACAAACCAGCCAUGAAUAACAGGAGACUCUUGAUAGCAGCUGUAUUUCAUUUUGUACAUCCAGUGGAGAAGACAGUUAAAUACAUCACAAGUUGACACAAAACUCUGUCAGCUUCUGCUCUCAAUGUAAACAACUUUCAUGAUGCUGCAUAAAUUUCCGCAUGAACUCACCUGUCAAUUUUUGACCAAUCAGAGUAUAAAAAUUGGACGUAGAGCGUGACCAACGCGUGACCGUGGUAAUAAAAGUUCUUCCCCGCCUGUAUUUAAAAAAAAUGGUUGAAUUUUCGCGUCCGAGGUCAGUUUGAAAUCAAAAUCUUAACAGUGCGGGGUCAUAGUGACAUAAACGCAACAUAUUUCAUAUGAAUCAUUAGAAAAAAUGAACUUGAGCCUACGAUCAUUUGAAACUGGUAAUUUGUCAGCGGAUAACUUCAAAAAAAUACUCGACCUCGAUGGGUGAACACUUGAGCCCGCGGUACGGUCAGGUGAUACUGGUCAGCGGGUGCCCUCUUUUGACAGCUGUCAAUUGAUCACAACAUUGAUGUGCAAUUAGUUUUUCCUUGGGCUCCCAAACUAGCUAGAAAGUGUGAGAGUAGACAUUGGUUUCCCUGUGGUGCGGACGGACGGUCGUACGGUCACGUGAUUACCAAAUUUUCACGAAUGGGUAGAUUACCACAUUUCCUUACCUAUGGGGCUCCGCCCACGCUCGUGCGCUUCGCGCGCGGGUGGAGCUCCGCUAUGAACAAGUGUUCAUAGGCAAAAGGGAUUCUGUGUGGUACAUACAUGUGUACAUGCAUAAGUACACAUAAAUUUAGACACGUAAUUGAUACAUGUAUGAGGUGUGGUUUAAACGUUAGACUUCGCAUUUGCAGAACUGUUUUCAUAAACUAUUUUACUACUAAAUAUAGCAGUACACGGUGCUCCUCCUUAUUAUCUAUCGAACCAUCUGGGAAGGAAGUAUAAUUAAAGCAUAUUCACUAUAUGAUCAAUCAUCAUCUACACGCUACCUCGUUGCUUAGAAGUUUUAAUGUUUUUUACCUAUAUUUAAACUGAAGAAGUCGAAAUUGUGAAAUUACUCAAUAAAAAGUUCCCCUCCUCUUGGCAGACCUUUGAUGAAAACUUUCCACACCCUGGAAACUCACAACGUGAUAAUGCUUAACCCUGUCCAGGGAGGAAAUGGCGCACUUGGAAUUGACUGAGCCUUAUGUUUCAAUAAAAUUAUUUGUUGUAACCGUGACUUGUUUUCGCAGAGCCUUUUAUGGAAAAUGACAGUAAGCCAAGAAUGUACUCCCAUGUUGGCGAGAAGCUCGUUUCAGAAACGUCUGUUGAUAGUAACUGUGAGAAGAAAGCUGAGGCUGCAUCAGGAAAUCAAACUGAAAUACUCACGGUCUCUCAGUCACAAAACAACCGUAAGCGUAAAAAUUCGGAAUCUUCUGGUGAUCCAGGUAAACUAUAACAUGAUUUGCUUUCCUUGCUAUUGCCUACUAGUACAUUUAUAAAGGGUAUUACCCAAAGGUACUUUUUUUUCACAGAAUUUGUUAUCGUUACACUGUAGUAGUGUUAUUCAUUACCCACUUUAAUUAUAAGUUCAGGUUUGACACCAGAUUUUAUCCUGCGUUCGAAAAUGCUUCAAAUCUGGUAGACUUACAAAACAGCCGACGUGUCACUGCCGUGACAAAUCAUCAGUAUGAAAUUUGUGCGCUCGUUCUGUUCCUCAGUCGUCAUCUCGUAGAGAAACGAGUGCUAGCAUCGCGAAAUGUCGGCUGUUUUCUCACGUUACAAAUCUGAGGACCAACGCAAGGUAUUAGGGAGCUUAAGCAAACAACGAAGACGACGGCUACGAAAACGUCACUUAAAAAGUGAAUACUCGCUGCUUCAAACUUUAUCGCGCUUAUUCCAUCUCAGCGUUCAAUUCGUCAGAUGUUGGUGAAUUUUUCUGGAGAUCAAUUUUAAAGGACUGUAUCAAAGUUCAGAAAAAGAAAAAGGAAGUCGUUGUCUUGUGUUCACGUUCUCUACAAAACGUGAAAUUAGGCAGUUUCACGUUGUAGUCGUGCAACGACGGGAAAGAAAUGUACAAAAAAGCCUGAUGCACGUGCAAAGUUGGUGUUUUGCCAAUCUAAGCCUAUUUUUUUCCGUUCUUGUUGCCGUCAUCGUCGUCGUCUUUGCAUAAGCUCCCUAUUAACUUUCGAACGAUGUAUAGUUGUAUAGAAUAGGUUUCUUGCGAUGUUUUGGGUUUCGUUAAUAGAUAAAUUUAUUUCUCGGGGCGUUUGUUUGUUUGUCUUUUUUUUUUUUUUCAGAAAUUAUUACCAAGCACUUUUUUCAAGAAAUAAAUGAUGAACAGAGCAAAAUAGUCCAUGAAACUCUACAACGUCAAAUACAAGUGUACUUCCAACAUCGUACAAUUGCAACCUCAGAAGGAGUGUCUGGCCUUAUUGAAUAUAUAAAGAAGACGCACAACGUGGCCUUGGAAUCUGUGGGUUUGGGAUCUCUAGAAAUAAAGUUUCGGUGCACUUCCUUAGAGAGCCUUGAAAGUUUGUGGAGUGACCAUCAGUCUGGUCACCUUAAUGAUAUUGCUGAGAGAUACCUUGUGACUGAUAACAUAAAGAAGAAACUGAACUUGGAGAGUAUCAGGUUGAAGACAAUUAUCGAAGAAGAGAACUACCGGAUUUGCAAGAGGAUUUUAAUGGAAAAAUCAUGUGAGUUUGAAAGCUCUUUGUAAGCUAUUGCCUUUCUACAGUUUAGGCUGAAAUCAAAUCCCAAAAAAGUGAUUAAUAUUUGGCUUACGUUCGGUCAACGUUGACUGGCUAUCUUUUCUGCUGCAAACCUGAUUACGGUUCUCUUUGUUUCUUACGACAGCAGCAAUCUGGCUGCAUUAUUGUAAGGAUGGUCAGCUUAUCGAGCGCAUGUGGUUACUUCCCUAAAAACGUUUUCUCAAACAGACAGAAAAAAGAUAGUGCAUUAAAACAAUUAAUCGACAUACAAUAAUCUUUCAUAACGGAAGUAAAAUAGAUGUAUUGCGGUCAUUAAAUGAGCAGUGUUUAAAGGUGUCUCUUUGUUGAAGUUUCACUGUUUACAAGCAGUGCAGUAAUUUAUCAGCCUGUGUACAGCCCCCGUAUCCUCGGGAAAAAAAUCGGAGCUUUCCUUAUUUUUUCUUGAGGGGAGAGGGUAGCUAUAUAGAGGCUAUAUUUAUUUAUUGUGAUCAUUUUCGGGGACAGUACAUUCACAACAGAUGAACUUAAUGCAUAUUUGUUAUCUCAUUCUCUGUUAGCAGUCAGCAGUGACUUUUCUCCUUCAACUGAGUCAGAUCAAGAAGCAGCUUUACUAGCGUCUGACACAAGCUCAGAUGUUUCUAAGGUAGACCGCUUUGCACUUGUGACUAAACAUGAAACGGGUGAAGAUCAAGAUGAAAAAGAAGUCGAGGGGCGCGUCUAGGCCGUGUUUUAAACAACAGUUACAUAAGUGCUGAUGAGGAGAUUUUGGUCGUAUCCUUGAUUUCAGUGUAUUGUGUGGGGUUGCACUCUGUAUUUUAAUGACUGUCCAGUCAAUUCUGCAGAAACAACAGCUUUUAACUAGUCGGAAUUCAGAGCACGCUGAUAUAAUGACAAGAUUAAGUUUAGAGGCAAGUAGUCUUCUUAAAACUCGAUUUUUUGCCACUCUUAUACGUGUAAGGUGUGUGAAUACACUAAGAAAUGUUAUGGCAGUCAUAAGUGAAUCUUUCUUUUGCAAAUACAAGUGCU